CGGGGAUGACCUCUGAACCACCGGGACGCGAGUCUUAACCCCCCCUUUAAAUAGUCCCGGUCGGAGUCGCCCGGCUCGGUUUUAUUCCCCGAUCGCAGACCGAGAGGAGGGCGGGCGCGUGCGAAGUGACGGCUUGGAAACGAUCCACGGCAGAUGCUGGUUUCUCACAAGUCUGACGGAGGACCCGGACCCGGACCGAGCUGGGGAUUUCAGGGAAAACAUGAUUUUGGGUACGACGCCGCUGAGUAUACAGCCGCGCCGUAUUUAGCUGCGAAGAAGUGAAGGAGAUCCUUUGGCUGCCGGCGCGGGAGGAGAAAAACAAAAACAAGACAAGAUAAAACUCAGAUCCUCCCUCUCUCCUCUCUCUCCCACUCCCCCCCCCCGCGCGCGCGCGCGCGCGAGGAGCGGCGCGUUCCUGGUCUCGAACAGCCAGCAUGGAUCCUCUCCGCUACUUGCUGGCGUGCGCGGUUCUCCUCGCCUCCGGGUCCCAGGGCAGAGCGGCGGACCGCGGGGAUGUGCGCGGCUACUCCCACAACCUUCUGCGGUACUUCGGCGACAACGCGUCCAUUUCCACGCAGGACCUGGAAAACCUGAUGCACCUGAUCGCAGCCAGGAGACCCGAAUCUGUCACCGAGGACAAUCCGCUGGCUGGUCUGGAGUGUGCCUCCGUGGGGCAGAUUUUGUCCCACUAUGGGUUCAGCAAUGUAAGUCAGCUGACUGCGGUGCAUCUGGACAGAAUCUGCCCCGCCGUAUUGACUCAGGUGGUGCUGCCCUCUUGCCCCUACACCGCCCCCCAAAAGCUGAAGCCCAUCCAUUACACUGUGUGGGGUUAUGGGUUUCUGGCGGUCACAAUUAUAAACCUGGCCGCUCUGCUUGGCCUCUUACUCAUUCCCUUCACCAAGAAGUCCUAUUUCCCGAAAGUACUCACCUAUUUCAUUGGCCUGGCUAUCGGGACGCUGUUCUCCAACGCCGUUCUUCAGCUCAUACCAGAGGCCCUGGGAUUCGACCCCAAGUCGGAUAACUACGUGAAAAACGCAGUUGGAAUAUUCGGCGGGUUCUACUUCCUGUUCUUCAUGGAGAAGGUGCUGAAAAUGGUGCUGCGGACGGAUGAAGAGCCGGGUCAGAGCCACUUAUCCCCUGCAGAGGACGCUCAGGAGAGCUCCCUGCAGAACGGAGACGUGUCGGAGAAAAAAGAGGGCAUCGUGCUGACCAGCAUCAGCACCAUCUCCGCAACCGUGGACCCCCCGCAUGGCGACGCCACACCUUCUCAGGAAGUUCAGGUGUCUGGCUUUAUGUGCCAGUGGCUACGUGGGCAACACAUCUCUGACAUUAAGACCGUGGCGUGGAUGAUAACUGUGAGCGACGCCCUGCACAACUUCAUCGAUGGCCUUGCUAUCGGCGCUUCGUUCACGGUGUCCGUCCUGGCGGGGUUCAGCACGUCCAUUGCCAUUGUGUGCGAGGAGUUUCCCCAUGAACUGGGUGACUUUGUAAUCCUGCUGAAUGCUGGUAUGAGCGUACCUCAAGCCAUCUUCUUCAACAUGCUCUCUGCCAUGUCUUGUUACGUCGGCCUCACCUUCGGCAUCCUGUUAGGAAGCACUUUUGCACCCAAUGCCAUCUUUGCUAUCGCAGGAGGCAUGUUCCUUUACAUUGCACUGGCUGACAUGUUACCAGAAAUGAACAGCAUAGUAACGACACAGGACGGAAUGACUUCAAGGGUCAUCUUCUUCCUCAUUCAGAACGCAGGACUGCUCACUGGAUUUACCAUCAUUCUACUGAUUACUCUGUUUGCUGGGCAGAUCAACCUCAGCUAAAAGAGAAGAGGACACGUGGAUACAAGGGGGAAAUUGAGUUUAUUGAUAGAAAAAAAAAGUUGUCAUAAGCUGCUCUCAUAUCUGCUCACGGCAUCGCUGGGCAGGAAAGUGAAUCGAAAGUGCUUGUAUGAACAAAACUCACUGUGUUUUGAAAAAUGUAUUUUGUUUUCUUUUGACUUAUAACCGCAGCCGAACUUAGUCCGAACAAUUGAAAUAUAUUUACAGUCAUUUGGUGUGUGCAAUCAAGACAAUUGUGUUUUAAAAAAAAAAACCCAAUAAAUUAUUUUUUCAAUCA